CAUGCUUUCUAAAGAAAGCGUCUAAAGAAAGAGUAGGAAGAAGUGCAACUUAAUUUCAUGUUUCAAAUUUGACGUGGUGCAUUUGUAUUUUAUGGUCGUUACAAUGUCAUGUUUUAAAGGGUAAUGUUUUAUUUAACAUUGGCAACAAUUUGACCGGCUCCACUCUCGCGCGAUUUUGUUCCAUGUCGGUAUGCUUUGGUUGAUACAACCAAAACGGAAGUUGUCUCGUCGACAGUAAAACUUCACAUUUUACUGAAAACUAUCGCCUUGUCAGUCAUUCAAUGGACAAGUUAAGUUUUGAUAGUUGCCCACGAUGAAACUUAAAGAGUUGGAAAGUUGUCUACAACAAGUGGAUACAUUUGAAGAGCCCAAAAUCCUUCUGGAACAAUAUCCAACCAGUGCACAUAUUGCUGCGUGCAUGCUGUACACUAUACACAACACGUUUGAUGACAUCGAGGCGAAACUGGUGGCGGAUCUCGGAUGUGGCUGUGGAGUUCUCAGCAUCGGUGCGGCGAUGCUCGAAGCUGGGUUAUGCGUCGGCUUUGACAUCGACAACGACGCGCUGGACAUUUUCAGAAGAAAUGUUGAUGAAUUCGAGCUUUCCAAUGUUGAUCUGGUCCAGUGUGACUUGUGUUCGCUGAAGGCAGAAGACUAUCGUAACAGUUUUGACACUGUCAUCAUGAAUCCUCCUUUUGGAACAAAACAUAAUCAGGGUAUGGACAUGAAGUUUUUGAGAGCUGCCAUAACAAUGGCAAAGACAGCUGUAUAUUCACUUCAUAAAACAUCAACACGUGAGCACAUACAAAAGAAGGCAAAUGACUGGGGAGUGAAGAUGGAAGUCAUAGCAGAACUGAGAUACGACUUACCGGCAUCUUAUAAGUUUCACAAAAAGAAAUCGGUUGACAUUCAGGUGGACUUCCUUCGCUUCUCCAAAGCUUGAUGCUUUUGACUGGAAUGGACUUGUUUGCCUCUGUAUAUAAUAAAUGUUUUGUCCAAAAGAAAUGAUCAGCGCGUGGCCUCAUUAGGAUCCGUUUUCAGUUUUGGCCACCUUAGCCGCGGGACCAUCGGCUUCCUCGAGUUCUCUCUUUGGGGCUGCAGGGGCUGGAGGAAAAAGCAAAUUGCAAAUUCUUAUUUCAUGCAAAUACUGUGAUACUGCCUUGGAAUAAAUGUUUACAUACCCGC